AAAAAAAACAAUUCAUUAUUCUAGGGUGUUUGGAAAACAAAACCUAGAAAACCAUGUUUCCAUUUGGGAUUCAAUAGGGCAAGAAAGACUUGGCUUGGAAAAGGGGAAGAGAAGGAAGGAACAACUUACAGAGGUCUUAUCUAUCCUAAACUGCUAUUACUACCUUUACCUUUAUUGCACUGAUUAAAAAUGCAGCAGAGGGAGGAAAAACAGUUGGAUUCUGCUCUGGAGUCAAUAAUCCAAAGAGUAAAUGAUUUGAAACAGUCCAUAGCUGCUAUGAUUUUCAAAUUAGAGAAUGAAUAUGAGACAAUGAACUGGCCUUCAUUCCUAGACAACUAUGCCUUAAUAUCAGGACAGCUGACCUCACUUUCAAAAGUUAUGAGUCAUGAUAAAUGUCCUGUUUUGAGGAAUUUGACUGUCUUACCACUCAUGCUCUCUCCAGAAAGAGAUGAACAGUUAGCACAGACUACUGAACACCGAGUAACAACAUUUGCCCAUGAUCUAGUUCCUGAUUAUCUGAGAACAAAGUUAGAACCUUUAGCAGAAACUAAAAUGCUUCAGUUAGAAAAUAAGGCAGUAGGGUUGCAAUAUGAUAAUGCUCAGAAACAAAUAGCAACAUACCAAAAAGUGGUUUCACAUGUCUGGGACAUUGUUAGUAAAGCUAGAGAGGAAUGGGAAGUUGAAUCUUCUUCUAGGGGUAAUACCCAACAAAAUUCAAGUGUUGCUGAUACCCAUUUAUUGGUAGCAGCAGUAGGCAUGGGUAAAGGCCUGAAGAUGAAUCCUAAUGGCCAGGCUAAUCCUACUUCAGGAGGAAUGAUGGUGGCUCCAUCAGGAAGACCAGGAGGGGCUCCAGGCCAAGGACAGAUACCUCCCACCACUCAAGCAAUGAAUAAGGCACCAUCAGCAAUAAAGACAAAUAUCAAAAGUGCUGCCCAAAUGCAUCCUUAUGGACGUUGAAUAUUUCUGAACUGAAGUCAUGUAUAAUAAGAAAACUAAUGAAAAAAAAUCUAAUGUACUGCUUUAAUGAUUUGAUAAAGAUAUGAUUUUGACUGG